AUGGUCUAUUUCCGUACUGUCCUUCUACUCGUACAAGUCUUGGGCGUUCUAGCUAAUAGUGAUGUGGGUCCUAACCCUGUUGAGCCUGUCGGUAGCGAUCAACUUGAAAGUGGUGCUGCUCAGCAAGCUGGGCAAUUGGACGUCUUAGAAGAUGAUUACGAUAGCUCUAUCUUUUAUGAUUACGAUGGCUCCAGUGAAACCUGCAAUGCAAACCUUCUAUCGCUCAAUCAACCGCUGGCGACUGUGUUCGCAUCAGUAGCCAUAGGAAUGAAUUUCAAACCUCAUUGCCUUGAGAUAAAUCUUGCUGAACAACACUAUGAGGAAAUAAAUAUUUUUUCUUAUGCCACAAAUAAAACUCAUGUUGUCCUUGCCGAAAAGAAUGUCGAAAGUCUAAGCGAUGUUGAAGGAAUCAGAAGGGAAUUUGAGUCUGGUUCUGCACUGAAGAAUGAACUGGAGCAGAAAGGAUUUGUUGCGGAUGGUAGCGAAAUCUCAUUUGGAUGCGCCCCAGGAAAAGGUGAUGUCGUUGUCGUUUGCUACUAUCGGAGGCAAGGGAUCACCGUAAAGCGCGAAGAAGGAUUGUUUGAAGACGAGCCUGGCACCAAAUCUGAUGGCAUACCAAGAGAAUCCGAAAGCUCUCCUAGACAGCAGGAAGGCGUCGCUGAAUCGGAGAGAGACACGUCUGAACAACAAGAGGAAGCGUGA